GGGAAACAGCCACAGAACUUUAUACAGUCAAUGGAUACAGCAAAAACAAGCACAGUGUCAUUAAACCCAGAGACCACAAAACCACAUCCUUCAUGUCAUGAUGCCCCAGACGUCAUCUGUUGAAUGAACCUGGCGGGGAAUAGAACAGCAUUGAUAGCUCAGUAUAUGCAGUAUAAACCAUCUUUGAAAAGUAGAGAAAAAAAAUGUUUGCUAAGACAAAUAUAGCGGCGGCCUGAUCAAAGCCUCGUUUGAAGAUUUGGAUAUGUUUGGUGUAAAAACGUCGCUAGGAGUAUUAGAGCGGUUCAAAUUUUGUUUUUGUGCUGCCAUAUGAGCAACUGAGCUGAGCUGAGCUGAUCUGAGCUGGACACUGAGUUUGUGUGUUCCUCUUUAUAAUGGCUACGUUAUACCUGGACGUUUUGCUGCUCGUCUUCUGCGGGAUUAUUCGGCAGAUAGAUGGUGUGGGCUAUGUAAGCUGUACCACGGACUAUAUCUCAACACUGAACUGUACCUGUUCAGGCUCGGAAAACACACUGCUCUGUGAGAUCCAGGCAAACUGCAGCGACGCGGCAGGUUCCACAGAUGGUAGAUGUGUCAUCAGACCACCACAUAAGUGGUGUACCAUACAGCCAGACAACUUUUUCUUGAUAGCAAACCCUGACACGUCUUGCACACUCAACGUAAGACAUGUCAAUCAACAAACCAACAGGGAAGAGUACGCUUCAAACGUCAUGUCGUUGGACCAGAUGAUUAAGCCACAGCAGCCUGCAAAUCUAACUCUUACUAAAAAUAACAACGAAUUCAACCUCUCCUGGGAGAUGGCCUAUAAAGACUAUGAAAAUGUCGACCUGUUUGGUUAUUUGAUGUACAGAGUGCGCUUAAGACCAAAAGGCAUCAUGGACGAGAAGCACUUCAAGGUGUAUAACGUUGGAGAGGACCGCAGGUACCAGGAAAUCCAGUGUGACCUGCUCUCUCCAGGGAAGGUGUACACGGUUGAUGUUCAGGCCUCAGUGAACUCCCAAAUGAAGAACCUUGAUGGUGAAACCGAAUGGAGCGAGUGGAGCGCCAGCGUCGAGUGCACCUGCCCUGGGAACUAUGAUCCUUUAUGGUACUUCUUGAUGCUGCCUCUUGUUAUUGGACUCAUUGGGUUUUUUGGGAUGUGCUACAGGGGGUUGGUUAAGAAGCCAUGUCUGUUUCAGUAUAUCCCGGACCCCUACGAUUUCUUCAAACCCCUUUAUCACACAUACCAAGGGGACUUUAAGAAAUGGGUUGGACCAGUGUUUACGUUCAGCAGCUUUGACGUGCUGGAGAAGAGCGCUCCACUGCAGGUGCUGAGUGAGAAGCAGCAAGCUGCUGCGCCGCUCCAGAUGCCUCUUCUCCGCGAUCAAGGAAGUGGAGGCAGUAGUCUAGGAGACUGGAGUCUUCUCAGCUUGAUGAACCCAGACUUCUCCAAGCGUUACUUCCUUGGAGGCAGCAGUCUUGGCCUUGCUCACUCUGGUGGCCACAUUUCCAUGGAUACCGUGACCGUGUCUGGGCAAGAGGGCGCCAUGUCAGAUUUCCAAGAGACUAAUCGGAACGCAGUUGAGGUUCCUGAUGAGGAUCCGGCGUCGGACAGCAGGGGGAGGUCAGAAGGACAGGGUUUCGAUGAUUGGCAGCUGCAGGCCAAUGAUGCAGAGAAUGGUGAAGAGCUCUCACUGGAUUCAUUUAGCUCCAACGAACACUCCGAUUACGGUUAUCCUCAAAUUGGCCUUGACUUGGACACCAUUGACAGUGGAUUCUUGGAAUCAGACUGCUCGAGCCCAGUGGGCUCCGAAUGCGAAGGAGGAGAACGAAUGGAUAGUGCUUUAUUGGGCGGCCCUGUGGGGACCCAUUCAAACUAUGUCAAGCAGUGGGUGGCUUUUGUGCCAGGCUCAGGAGAAAAUAGCAACUCUUUGUAGGAGACUUCUAUUUCUGUGAACUGCUACACUGACAGACUGUCAUGCAAAGGGUCUUGGGAACUGUCUAAAAAGUCCUCAUUGCAUGUUUAGCCAUGAAUGGCUACAGACAAAAUGACUGUUACAGGAAUGUCUAGCACAGUGGCACCUCUCCCAUGCAGAAUCAAUAGACUUGGACAUGAUGUUGACUUAAUUCUUGGUGUUUGCCUCUGCGUGAAUCCUCAAAAAGAAACUUUGAUGGUAUAAAUUUGUACAGAUUUUGUUUAAAAAAAAAAAAAGAAGAAAGCAGAAAUGUACUGGCAAAACAAGAGAUGGUAAAGAUUAUUGCCAGCCCUCAGAUAAUGUCCCACAUUGUAGUUUACUGAAGAGGAAACUGAGCAUGCAGAGAUAAAGCAACCAGGGCAUUCUUCUAAAGCGGAAAUAAUCUGAUAGUCACUGAAGUGCAAAAUAUAUCAGAUCAUAUAGGUGUACGACUAAAGUUGCUGAUCUCAGCUACUGACCUUUAUCCAUCUUUGUUUAACGCUCAGGAGAAGUAUAAAGUCACAUUAUAAUGUCAUAUCCAGCUCACUUUUCGCAGCGGAUUUGAUGUUGUUUAUCGAAGUUUAGUCCAAAUGGUAUUCAUGGCACUUAAAAACAAAAGAACAACAACGUUGAUUUAUUUGCAGUAAUCAGACAGUACCGAAGCUAAAACCGACAGAGUGUUUUUGUUUUAUAUGUACAGUAUGUGCAGUAUUAAGCUCAGCUCAUGAGCUUCGACGCCCACGAAGUGCACUGGGCACAUACUUUUACGUCACGGUAGAAGUGUCUGUCCUUUUUUAUUUAUUUCUUUUUGCAUAUCGGUGUACUAGCACUUUUUUUUUCCCGUAAACAAACUGACAAGAAAAGAAAUGUUAUCUUUCACCCAUCACAUUACGAAGCCCCAUUUAAAGCUUUUUAAUGGAAAAAAAAAGUACCAGAAAAGUCAUACAUAUUUACACUGCGAUGCAUACAGAUUUGUUUUUGAUUAUUGUUGAAUUCACUAAGAUAGAAAGUAUGUAUAAACUCUAUUUUAUUCAUGUAUGCAGAAGAUCUUGACAACAUCAUCUCAGGAUCUCUAAUGGGCCCAGUGUAAGAAUAACUAAAAGAAAGGGGACACUAAAGAGAAAUGUGGAGCGUAUUACUUAAAAAAAAAAAAAAAAAUGAGUAGUACGUUGCCUACUCUCACGUCCUACGAGUUAUUAUUUCAUGAAUUACCUUUUUUUUUUUACAUUACAAAGAAGAGAUUUCCUUCCUGAAACUCAUUUCUUUGGCUGAAAUCAAAUGCAGGUCAAUGCACUCAAAUCCAAUCCAGUCUUUAAUGUGCAAUCAAGUGUGAGAAACUCUACAGAAGGCAGCUAUACCGUUAUAAAACAACAUGACACAUUGUACAUGUCAUGUCAGGGACAAGAACUUCACCUUCCCACAAUGUUUUCAGUGUGUAUGCAAAUGAUGUGUUCCAUGUACCAUGGUAAAUGUCAUGAUGGAUUUGAAGUUACACCAAUAUUUAUGUCUCGUGUCAAUUAGCACCUGUUUACUUUGGUUUUUAUGACUAAGAGGACACUUUAUAAAGUGUAGGCACAGAACAAAAUGACUGAAUACUCUGAAAUGUUCAAAAGUGCAAAGCACCAAACCAUAUAAGAUACCUUCUUCAAUAACUGAUGAAAGAUCGGAGAUAAUUCUGAGGUUUAGGCCGGAACAGUCUGUGUAUAUAAAGCGAAGUACGCUUAUCACAGAGAGCUUAUUCAUCUGCUAAUGCUUUACCUCACAAGGUAAAUACCAUGCUUUAUUUCUAUCCUGUUUUGCAGUGAGCUUUUGUUACUCUUUUAACGUUUAUGUGUGUAUAUGCAAAAGGAAAGCUUAGUAUUACUAGUGCAUACGUUUUUAAUUCCAUGUUUUAUCUUGCUAUUUUUGUCUUUUAACUCGACUGUUACAAUGCUGAUUAAACAUUUGCCUGGAACAGUACAGUAA